UCUAUCACUCUGGCUCUCAGUUCCUCUGUCCAGACUGCUGCUCCAGACCUCACCGCCCCUUUCCAUUCAAACCAACUUUAAGCCACACAUUUGAGAGUGUGAGCAAGCAUUUCAUCCAGAGCUUGCUGUGCAUUUUUAGGAGCCUCUGAGUUUGUAAAAGUUUCAGUUGGACGACAGAACAGUUACCAUGAUGAGGAUCAUACUGCUGCUACUGGUCGCCUUGGCAGGGCCUUUCUUUACAUUUACCCGAGCAAGUACUCUAGUGUCAACAGCUUCUGUGGCUGUAUAUCCAGUAGCUGCAUCAGAACAGUCUCCUGCAGUCACAGAGAAAGCAGAAGAAGCAGCUCCUCAAGAAGUAGUUUCAACAGCAGCUGCUCCUCAUGCUCAAGAGGCAACGGUGGCGGCUGCCACCACAUCCGAUGCCGGUGAGCCAUCAGUUUCCACAGAAACACCAACAAUACAGUCAGCAGCACUAACACAAGCAGUUGCAGCAACAUAUGCAGCAACAGAAGCAGCAACAGAAGCAGCAACAGAAACAGGAACCACAGAGUCAGCCAACAAUGUAGCCUCCACAUAUGUUGCAAAACCAGAAGCAGAAACGCAGGAACCUGGUGAAACAGGAGCAGAAAGUCCAGAAACACAACGGAAUGAGGUGGAGAUGGAGGAGCAAGAAGUUAUGGGCACGGGACAACUGGUGGGGAUUGUAAUCGGUGUGUUGACCACAGUGAUUGUGGUCAUUGCCGUAAUCAUCUUGGUGGUCAGGAGAAUGGGACAGUACUCGACUGCAAAGAAACGAAAGCCUCAAAAACAAGAGGGCAUCAUGAUCUCUCCCCUGAGAAGAAAACCAGCACGACAGGAACAAAAGAAGAAGACAUUCUGGAAGUUCUGAACUAUUGUUCUGAUGUUAAAAAACAAUGCUAGCUGUACUCUAACCAUCCAGGACUAUAAGGGAAGCAGGAGAGAGGUCCCAUUCACUUUCCAAUUGAAAAGGAUGCCCUGCCCAACCCUCUCAGCCUUCCCAUUCACCUCCAUCUACCCCACCCGCAACUCCCCUAAUUUAGCUUGCGAAACCCCAUUGAUCCCCGAACAGAGAGAGGCCACAGGAAGUUACAAUAUCUACGUUUUUAACCAUGUAAACGGGAUGAGUGAAUGUGGUCUCACUAACUCUGAGUUUGUGAAAGACCUAAUAAACAAAUACAAACACAAACAGCACAUGCAAGCAAAAGCUAAUAUAUUUUUAUAUAAAUCCCACUCAGUGUAAAUAUCAUACCAAAAAACUCCACAGUGUCUUCAUCUGUCACAUCAUUUAAUUAUGGAUCAGAUUUUACAUCGUUUUUCCCUAUAGAGUUGUCCUUUAGAAGUAUUACAUGUUAUGUGCAGUUUAUAAACUGUUAUAAGCAGAUUUACAUUUAUGUAUUUGGAAGACGCUUUUAUCCAAAGCGACUUACAGUGCACUUAUUACAAGGACAACCUGGAGUUAAGCGCCUUGCUCAAGGACACAAUGGUGGUGGCUGUGGGGGUCGAACCAGCAACCUUCUACUUACCAGUUCUGUGCUUUAGCCCACUCCAGAUGCUCAGGAAACGUGCUCAGGACACGCUCUAGAGACUCAGUCCUUUCUAAAAAUGUCUAAUUUGCUAGUUGAGCAGCCUUAAAACUGAUGCCUAAAAUCUAAUACAUAGUUUUUAAAUAUAGUUAAGUGGAGCAACACAAUAAGGGCUCUCAUAUAGGUUUUUAAUUGAAGUGCAUUAAUAUGAAGUGACUUGACUGCGUUAUUCUUAUCUGUCACCAAUUCCAAAAGUGACAUCACUUCCUCAGGGACACAUCACUGAGUGUUCCAAUCAGCUUUGCUCCAGCACACAGCUGCUAUUGGCAUGUAUCAAUAAAAUCCUGUUGUUUUUCACCCUGGAGUACAUUAUUUUAACAGCAUACAGACAUUCUGUAUCAAUAAGCCUUAUACAUCUUGCAUGGUAUAGUUAUUUGCAUUUCUUUGUGUCAGUGAUGUGGUUUCACAUCCUCUUCACACUGAAGUUUAUUGUGUUUCUUUCUGACGUUCUAGAGCAUGGCUACCCUGGGCUUUGCUUUAAGAGAUUGGCAAUAAAUGCACUGAAUGAUGAAAAACACAUUUUAAUAUUGAGAAGAGGCUUUGGACACUGCAACUUUAUUUUCAUUGUUUUCUCUUUAUAAUACAUCACUCCAUGUUUUCACUUUUCCAUUCAAUGUCAGAGUCCUCUUAAAACAGAGUGUUUGUCUGUGUUAGGGUAAUUUUGGUGAUGAUUGUUCAUUCUGUUUCUCAAUAAUAAAGUUAAAAUGUAUGAAG